GUCGCCCGCUCUGGCCCCAGGGAUACAUUUGACUAUGGCCGCUGGUGUUGCUAACUUCACGUUUCUCAGAAUAGAGCUGCCAAUAACCAGAGUUUUAUCCUCAGCGGGUGUGUCGCUGAGUGGGGAAAAGCGGUUGGAAACGUGAACAGGCUGGUGGUGAACCGUGGGCUUCGGCUUGGAGCUGUGCUUCUGGCAGACCGUGACCCAACCUCCUGGCUGAACGGGAGUUACCGGAGGACAGUUAGCAGAGGCUAAGGCUAUGCUAUGUGGCUCCGCACCAGCUACAGGGGGCUGGCUAACUACCGCAGCUACUGAAUGGUUUUCCAUGGUGCGGAGCCGCGCUUCUAAUUCACUAAGCCUCGCCUCCAACGCAGCAAAUAAGCUACACUUAUUACAAUUACCACUGUCGCUAAAGGAGGCAGAGGCAUAACUGAACAUUUGGCACACCGAGCAAGAGAGAGCAGAGGGAGAAGCCAUCGCUAACUUUAAAGCUAAUGUAGCCACCAAGGCUAGUAACGUGCAAACAACAGCUAAGAGAUUAGCAAGAAAGUAGUAGAAAGGAGGAGAGCUAUAAGUGCUUAAACAGAACCAGUGUGGGUUAAGACUUGAAGUAGACGUUAAAGCAACGUUAAAGAAACUGAAGUGAGAAAACAGGCUAAUAGAAUUCACCAGAGCAGUACAGAGACGCUGUCACAGAAACACCGGAAAUGACACAACUCGCUUACCGCAAUACGUCAGCACGUCUGAGCAUUUAGUGCAUGCUAACUGACCAUGCUAGCUCUCCAUGCUAACUGACCAUGCAAGGUGUCCAUGCUAACUGACCAUGCUAGCUGUCCAUGCUAACUGACCAUGCUAAUUGACCAUGCAAGACGCCUUCACACAGCAGCUGCUCAGCAGGAACGAGCAGCAGGACCAGGAGAACCCUGAAGAACCCGUCUGUGCUGAAGACCAGUUUCAGGUCCUGGACGAGACCGACAUAAUCCAGUUCACCUACAACCCCCGGAGACCAGGUGAGACUGCGGACCCUGCUGCUAUCGGGACCGCCCGGCUGAAACCAGCAGGUCCAGAUCAGGAGGUCCAGCUGGUCUCAUCAGAGACCGAAGACAGCGACGACUACAGCAGAGACUCACCUGAUCCCGGGUCUGCCUCGACCCGGCUCGUCCCAAAGAGAAUGCAAGGAGCGGGGUUCAGCUGCAGGGUCUGCAGCCGCACCUUCAAGGCCCGCCAGUUCUUGUUCCGCCACCUCAAGGCUCACCUGCAGGACGGUGAACACUUCGAUGCCACCGAGAACCUGAAGCUCCAUGUCCAGACUCACCACACUGCCCAGAAGCAGAAGAGGGAGCCCGAGAACCAGACCAAGACUAGUGCCCAGACCAGGAACCAGACCAGGACCAGAGAGAGGCGCCUCCACAAGCCCAGAACCAAAGUCCACGCCAGCGAGAAACUGCCGAGCUGUGACGACUGUGGGAAGACGUUCCUACAGGUGUGGAAGAAGAGGAGGCACAGAUGUGUUCUCACCAGGAAGAGCCACCGUGGCGAGGAAGGAGGAGAUGUGACGAGGAAGAGUCGACAGAGCGAGGAGGGAGGCAACGUGACCAGGAAGAGCCGCCACAGCGAGGACGAAGGAGACGUGACGAGGAAGAGCCGCAGCGUCGAGAAAGGAGGAGACGUGACGAGGAAGAGUCGACAGAAGGAAGGAAAGUUAAAUCUCAGACAUCAAAAGUUUGAAUCCUAAAAACUUUUUUUGGAAUGUUUCGGUAAAGUUUUGACUUUCAAAAUAAAAUUCAGGUUUUUCAAAAUAAAUUUUCAGGAGAAUUUCAAGAUGUAAAAUUUGAAGACUUUGUGUUUUUUUUUUUGUUUUUUUUUUACAGGAAACAGGAAGGAACUGUCCGUGUCAUUUCCUGUCAUC